ACUUUAGGCUGACCGGCCAAGUGGUAACAAUGUUUCUGUAUCAAGAGUAAGGGGGGGGGCGCGGAAAGGAAGGCAGGUCUCUCUCUCUCUCUCCUUUUUUUUUGCAAAAGGAAAAAAAAAGCCAUUGAAGGCAAAAAAAAGGGGGGGAUUAAAAUAAAGGAGAAAGGGAGAGAGAGUGAGAGCGUGCAGCGGUAAGGCUUAAAAGAAUCCACAGAGGAAGGAAAAGAACCUUUUUAAAAAAUAAAAUUAUACACAGAGGGAUUUUUUUGUUUUUGUUUUUGGUGCCACCAGGAAAAUAACAAAACCUCAAGGAAAAGACAACACGGGGGUCCCAUCUAUUACAAACAGAAGCAGAAGAAUCACAAGGCAUCUUUUCUCUGCUUUGAAAAACCCAAACCCGGCGAGCAAGUUCUGAGUCCUCGUUCUUUGGGGGGAGUGAUUCCUUUUUCUCUCUUCCUUUCUGCAAGAAAUCCAUCUCAUCUUUUCAGCCAACCGGUUGCAAAUUGCAGGAAGAACGCCCUCGACAAGGUUUUUAUUUCAUUUCAAUUUUUUAAAAACUUCUUUUUGGAAACCGGGAAUUUGUUUCAAUGCAAAGUUGUCGGUUGGUGGCCUUUUUCUUUAUUUUUUUUCAAAUGAUAUGCUAGGAUUAGCCGCUCUCCAGAGACGAGCGGGUACCUCAAAGUUUGCUUGCUGAGUCCACAGAAAUUUUUGCCUUCUCUCUUCCCCACCCCCAGCAAGAGUGGGGAGAUUCUGGGCCAGUUGUACGACAUGCCGAGGUUCCCUCCUGUAACCUCUCAGCCGCCUUCUGCUUCCUCCAGUAUUUUUGAGCCCAGGUUAUCCAGUUUCUUAGAGAUGGAACCUCCCUCCUUCCUGCUCCAUUUAUGAAGAGUUUGAGAAAGCUGGCAGUAACUCAGACCCUGGGACCCAAAAGUUGCGGUGAUGUCUUCUUAGGGCGUAAGGGGUCCGGAAGACCCACGCCACACCCUCUCUGUUCCUAAAUAACACACAUCUCUUGUCUGUCUAUUAAGAAGCCUUCUGUUGCAAAAGCAAAUUCUGAUCGCCCCACCACCACCACCAUCCAUGCGCUGAUUUGCAGUAUAUUUUGGCUACCAGGACGCUUGCCUAUAGGAGAAAAGAAGGACCAUUCUGCCAGCGAAAGCUAUUGGGAUUCUCCACCAUGGAAUGAAUUAGGGAUGUGCGUGCGAUAGUUUGCAUCAAGAGAGAGAGAAGUGAAAGGAGGAGGAGAGACACAGGAAAAAGUCUGGACUGUCCAGGGGAGACCUAAGCUCCCCGAAAAAACCGCACUCGCUCGCAUACCGAAAGAGCCUAUCGGCCAGAAAGCGCGCCUUCAAAGUGCAAUGACCUGGUUGCCUUUUUCCUAAACACACCCACACACAAAAAUUCCCCGCAGAUUUCCGGGGAACAAAAGAAAGAAGGGGAGAAGAGGUGGAAGAAAGUGGAGGAGAAAGGGGUUACGAUGCCGAAUUUGGAGGUAGCUGCGUUGCUGGUGACCCUGGUUGGUGUUUGCGUGUGGACGGACGACAGCAGCAAAAUUAUCUCCGAUCGCUAUGCGGUGUACUGGAACAAAAGCAACCCCAGGUUCCACCAGGGCGACUACACUGUGGAGGUGAGCAUCAACGACUACCUGGACAUCUACUGCCCUCACUACGAGCUCCCGUUCCCCAUGGACCACAUGGAGAGAUACAUCCUCUACAUGGUCAACUAUGAGGGCCACGACUCCUGCGACCACCGCCAGAAUGGCUUCAAGCGCUGGGAGUGCAACCGGCCCGACUCGCCCAACGGGCCGCUGAAGUUCUCCGAGAAGUUCCAGCUCUUCACCCCGUUUUCGCUGGGCUUUGAAUUCCGACCGGGGCAUGAGUAUUACUACAUAUCGGCGACGCCUCCGAACUUGGUCGACAAGCCCUGCUUAAAGCUAAAGGUUUACGUCCGGCCGACAAACGAUUCUCUCUACGAGUCCCCAGAGCCGAUAUUCACCAGCAAUAACUCCUGCCACAGCUUCCGGGUCCCUGAGACUUUCUUCGUGGUGGUGGUGGUCCCGGUUUUCUGGACUAUCCUGACUUCCUAGCCCUGCUAGGUGAGGACAGAAGAGGAAGAAAACUGGAGCUCUUUUCAGCAGCCGCUGGGGGGAAAAAACGAGGGGGGGAGGAUUGAAAAAGCGAGAAAGAGAGAGAGAGGGGGGCGUGAACGAAGAAUGGAGAGAGAACUUGCGGCGAUGACUUUGUUCAGUUUUGUGUGGGGAGGGAAGGGUGUGUAGUCAAUGGAUCUCUGAACUGCGGUCUCAGCCACAGACGAGCUUGCGGAUCGGGGCACCUCAGACAGCCAGGUGGACGGACCCUGCCUCCAUUUCCCAGGUCAAGCCACUGUUACGGUUCGCAACCGGACCCCCGCUACACCCCAUCAGAUCUGGGGCGGCGGAAGGAUCAGUGAGAUAGCUGGAGAGAGAAGGCAAAAGAGACCGGUUUCUGAAAGCCUGCGGCGGGAGGCAAACAGGUUCUGUGCUUCCAAGACGCUCUGCGGACCAUUUUCGUCUGGCCGGGAUACAGCCCCAUUGGGGGGGGGUUCCUGUUUUCCCUCCCCCACCCUAUGGGGUUUUGCUUUUCAAAAUUUCUAGACCAAAUAUAGUCUCCUUCCUUGAACCCCCCUCUAUUCCUUCCUCCCAGCUUUGGUUUUUUGUGCCGGUCUUUUUUCUGCGACUGGAACCGAAAGAGACAUCGCAGUGAGGUGAGAGGAGCAGGUGCCUCACCUAUUGCCCUUCUGUUUUCCCCCCUUCCUCUCUGUGACCCCUUGGACAAAGGCGGGCAGCCCGUUCGACCACGGUGGCCAGAUUUCCUGACUCGCAAAACGCACACACCAGGCAGCUAGGAUUGGGGGGCCUAGGGGCCAAAGGGGACCACCGGCACCCCAAACCUCACAGAGGACUAGAUUCCUGCUCUGCCCAAAUCAGCCUUUGCUUUAGACCCCACCCCCACCCCCCCGUUUCUGUUAACUAUUGUUGGUGCAGCGGACCCACUGCCAUGCGGAGCCAGCAGGUAAAUCCAACGCCUCGCAUGUUGCGUAAGAUGUCGCCGGUCUACGGGGGAGGAGAUGUUCUGCCCGUCGCUCCAAAGAGGAGGACUCUGGACUUGGUGCGAUGGCUGGGCAAGGGGUUUGUAGCACCGUGGGAGGGUCGCUUUUAAACCCCGCGAGGAGUUGGGGGAAGACCAACGCAUGGUACGGCCAACUAUGUAUGACACAACUGGGUGAGCGAUGGAGGUUGUCUUGUCUGUGUGCCCAUCCUCACCACAAACAGGCUGCUUGGGGCAUCAUCCGCAAGCGUUUGGCAAUAGGCACCAGGGUCACAGAGAGCCCAAGUCUAAGCAGUGGGGUGUUUGGGGUCGGCAGCCCUUCUCCCUGCACUCGCCCGCAUUGUCCAGCGAAAAUUGCCCGUGGCCCUCCGGUCAAAAUCCCCCAGAGGGAGGACCACGCUCCAAAAA